AUGCUCCAUCCGGCUACUCCUUUUAUUACUGAACAUAUCUAUCAAGGGUUAACCCAAAAAAAGGUAUUAGAGUCCAAAAUUGAGGUUAUUAAAGUAGAGGAUAAAAAUAAAGAACUCUGGCCAAUUGAUUGCCUGCUACUUUUAAUAAGUAAAAUUCGUAAUUUUCAGCAAAAAAAACCAUUAGUAAAAAGUAAAGUUUCUAUUUUAAAAAAACCAAAAAAAGCAUUAGAAAAACAAUUAAAAUUGUAUGAAGUAGAAUGCCAAAGAAGCCAGCAAUUAUUAGCCAACUGUAAUUUUCUCCAAAAAGCACCUCCUCCAUUGAUAGCAGAGGAAAAAAGGAAACUUAUUUACUACCAAACCCAAAAACAAAAAUUACAAACUGAAUUAGAAAAGUCUGAUAAACCUUAUUAUCAAUUAACUAAUUUUUAUGCUAGUCCAAUAGAAUGCGAAUUACCAAUUGAAGUCAUUGACAGCGGUCGACGUUAUAUGCCUUUGGAUGAAAAAGGAAAUUUAUCCACUAGUCAUAAACAUUUUUACAAUGCCGAACCUGGUUUGGGAACGAUGGUCGAAAUUCUAGACAGUAUUAAUCCACUGGCAAUGGGAAUAAAUACAAUUAGGGAAGUUCCUAAUCCCGGAGAAGUCCGUAAUUUUGUCAAUGAGCAUUUUAAACCAGGACAUGGUUUAAGAGGAGAUUGGUUUUUUGAAGGAAAUGGAAUGAAUCCAGUUGUUCCAAUGCGAUUAAGAGCCAUGCAUUUUGCGGUGCGGGAAAAUGUUGAUGGCAAAGAAGCGGAGUCGCCGGAGCCAAAUUCAACUAACCAAAAGGAUACUGAACAUGAAGCCAAAAAAACCCUCAUUGAAAACAAUAUCUCAGAAAUCAAAAACAAAUUAUCCAGUGCUAACAUUAGCACCAAACAAGUAAUCCAAAUCUUAGAAAAUCAAGGAACUAACGAACCAAAUACACCACCCCCUCCACCCGCACCUACUAACUCUCUGGAACCACCCGUACCCACUUCUGAACAAAUCAAUCAGACCGAAGAAAAAUUAGACCAAGCCCAAGCAAAUAAUGUUAAUGAAGAAGAAUUAAUUAGAAUUAUCAAACAAACCUCCGAGACCGUUAAACACAGUGGAGAUGAAAACUUAAAAAAGAAAAAAGAGGAAGUUGAAAAAAAGUUAAGUAAAGAUAAAUUAAGAGAACUCAUUCGGGAGGAAAUUCACCAAGAGUUAGUUGAAAACAGAUUAAAACCCGAGGAACUAUCUCCAACUGUUAAACAAAAACUCGACGAAUUGAAUAAUGAUAAUAGUCAAGUCAUUCGAACUGAAAUCUUCAAUGAGGUUGGUAAACAAGUUCUCUCCAAAUUAAUUACUGCACUUCAAUCCGCCUUAAAACUCUCUAAAAAAAAGGAACUACAAAAUAAAGUUAAAGAAUUACAACAAUUCAUUAACAGCAAAAUUGAUUACAAACAAAAUGCUUAUAAAAAAGAAAAGAAUAAAGUUGAUCAGUUAUUAGUCCAAGCCCGUAACCAGUCCGAUCAAAACCAAACCCCAUGGUUCGUACUCGCCGAAAAAAGCAAAGAUAAUUUUAUCAAUAAUUUAUCCACAAAAAAGUAA